GUUAUAUUUAAAUGCAUUUAAAUGGCCAUAUAGAUUCUACACGGUUAAAAAUAAAAAUCAAACAGUGGUGGCUUUUAAAUAUAAAUCUAAACCAAUCAACUGUACUGUUUCUUGAGUGUUCUGUUCCCGAUGUCACCUAGGCGACGUGACGCUACCUGCUCGAUCAUGGUAUUUCUGACACACUAAGAAGAAAAAAUAAAAGAACUUUGAAGAGGAUAUAAGAAAAACUGUGAAACUAUCAUCAUGGCAGAUAACGAGAUGGAUAAGGAGGAGAAAGUUCCCCAAGAGGAGACGACUGAUUCUAAAAAUGAAUCAGACGUAAAAACGGAAGAGACUCCUCCUCAGAAAGAGGAGCCAGCUCCUCGAAAGUCUAUAGCGGAGGCCCCCACAGCGAAACCAGAGAAAACGAAGGAGAAAGAUGAGAAGAAAGAGCAGCAGAAGCCAAAAGAAGAGGUAGCAGAAGAACAGAAACACGAGACUGAUGACGAUGACAAAAAAGAGGAAGACACGGGUACGCGUAAAGUAACUUUCGAGUCUCGUGACAUAAACUCUGUCAAAGACUUACAUAACGGAAGUGAAACAAAGGCAAGUGGUGCAGAAAAUGAUGUUAGGAACGCAGAUAACAGUGAAACAAAGACAAAUAAUAAAAUUCCAGAUGAUGAACCUACUGUACCUGAAAAAAAUGACACUAUGGACCUUGAGGAUGUAAACAGUGAUUCAGACUCAGAAAAACAAAAAACUGACAAAGAAAGUACACGACACAAUUUAGACUCGAAUACAAAUCGAGAGGUCGAACAAAAAUCAAAUGUCAACAAUUCAGAACCCGAACAGAAAAGGGGGGCGUUAGAAUCAAGCACUUCUGAUGAUAACGUAAGAGACUCAAAUGCCAGUGCAAAAAUAGAAAAUAUAAAAACGGGGAGCGAUUCAGAACCAAGUCAAAAAGAGGAAAAUUCAGAACCUACGUCUGGAAAUGAAGACACAAGUGAAAAGACGGAGAAAGCUGAGAAGUCGGAAACGAGCGACAGUGGUUAUGUCCCUUUAGACAAAUUAUGGUCCAGUCCAAAACGGGAAUUCAAAGGUGUACAGCGUGAGUAUAGUUUUGAAUACAGGAGAUCAACAUCGACUUCCUCCUACACAGCACCGAAAGAAAAAGAAGAAGAGCAAGCAAAGGAAAAGACUGAAUCCGACAAACCAAAACCAGACAUAGAAGAAAGCCAAAAAGAAAACAAUGAUGAUUCAAUACAGACUGAUAACAAUAAAGUGUCUUCUCCCAUUGAUUCUAGGGGAAAAUACGUUAAUGAUAGGGACAGAAGUGAAUCACUCGACUCUAGUGACAAACAUGAAAUCAAAGAAAAAAAUGUGAAAAGUGAUAAUGAAAGUGCAAAGGAAGUGACAGAAGAAUCGAAAAAGCCAGAGAACGGUGAGUAUCACAAAGAGCCUUCUCCAAAACAAGAAAAGCAACCAGAGUCAACAGAAAUAUCACAAGGAGAAGACUCAGAACGUAGAGAUGAAAAACAAACUGAAAAGAAAGAGAAAGAUCAGGAACUUAAAGCUGAACAGCAAACUGAAAAGGAGAAAGAUGAGGACGACUGGAGAUUCGAUGACAUAAAAUCGUCAGACGAGGGAUCAGAAGAGGCACGAUCUGACGAUGAACAUAUAGAACAGGAUAAAAAUAGAAAUGUAGAGGAAAUAACAAUACCAAAGGCUGAGAAAGAUGAUUAUGAAGAGGAAAAGUUUGAAUCUGAAUCCGAUGAUAAUAUAUCAGUGGAAGACACCACGCCCUAUAGGGAGGAACACAAGGAAGAACCAAAGAGUGAACCAAAGAAAGAACCAGCAAAGCAGUCCAAAGAACCAGCAAAGAAACCAAAAUCACAACCAAAGAAAAGACCCCAGCCUUCUCCCUCUCCAAGACCUUCCUCUCAACCAAAUAGGAACCUGCAGAGGCCGGUCGCUAAAAGUGCGCAAGUGACAGGUCGAACUUCCGAUAGUCGACGAGCUUUGUCCCCCGCCCAGAUGAGGACUCCGAGGUCCCAGACGAACACUCCCAGGUCAAAACAGCGACCCCAGACAACACCUGGAGGACCGCGGAGUCAUUCCAGAAUAGCGUCAGAAGACGGCCAAAAAAGACAGAAGGAAUUCUUCCGCGCAGAGUUGACGAGGCUUCAGAAGAGUCUAAAAGACGAAUCGUCCAAAAUCCACAAACCCAAACAAAGAGAACACUACCCAUUUGUUUGGACUAGUUUGGAACCCUACUAUAAUACAUACGUGGCACGAUUCCUUAUUGAUGCUCCUGAGACAGAGCGACCUCAAACACGUGGUCGUCCGAUCAGUCGCGGGAAACUCUAUGCUGAAGACCCCCAGCCCGGCUACGUCAGUAGAAAUACAGCCAUUGGACUGUGUGACCCGUGGACUGACCUCCGAAUGGACCGAGAACUCUUACCCAGGCUCGAGACCCCCACCAAAAAGUCCAGGACACGAGCCAUGCAGAAAGAUCAAAAACCGAAAAAGAAAGAGAAACCCCCCAAACAAGGAAGCACAAGACUGCCAAAGUUUCCAGUGGUGGAUUUCUCUUCCAGCAAAGAGAACGCCACAAAACGGUUCCCAUAUAGCGAAGUGCCAAAGUUCAGACAAGAGGUGAUGGGACGCUACAAACAAGAUGCGCCCAAAAAGGUGAAUUCAGAUUACAGCCGAACAAGGGACGAUUUCUAUCGAAUGGAUCUGGAUCGACUUGAUGAAGUCCACCCAAUUAACCGCCCGCACAUGCGCAAAGCCUAUUUUGCAUACCUUCAAAAUACGCCUGGUUCUAAGAAAGCAAUCAAUGAGUGUGUGAAGGGACUGAACAAUGAACAGGCUCAAAAAGCCAACUGAGAGAUCUGCGUGUUCAUAUAAACAGUGCUAAUGUAAAAUGAGAAAAAUAUUGAUAUUUCUAUCACAUUUAUAAGUCGUGUGUUGAGUAAAAGUCCAGUUUCCCUUAACCGUUUAGAGGACGAAGUACCAGCUAUUGAUCAGUACAACAGCUUAAUGUAAUAUCUACUGAAGGCAUAUUGAAUAUGUAGUGUGUUCAACAUCAGAACUUAAAAGAUUUAUAUAUUCAAGAGAACUUAUUAUGAACAGAUUGUCUGUGAUAUAUUUAACACUUUUGUUUGAGACAUUCAUUUGCCUACUCUGAGUUGAUUUGCUUCGUCUUUUUCCCUCGCUUUUUACAGGUGUCAUUUUUCUAAUGUUCACUGAAAAGUGAGCCAAAAUAUUUUUUGAAUUUCAUGUAAAAUUACAUAAGGUUAUCUAAAUUUCACAUUUUUUUCGUUUUCUGAUUUUGCAUUGACGUUCGAUAACUCAGGGUAGAGAUUUUAUUGUUUUACGAAGCUUACUUUGGUACGUUGACAACACCAUGGUAAUGAAUACUUCAGAUCAUAGUACUGUUAGCUAGAUUUUGUUCAAAUUUUGGACUUUUUUUCCAAAACAACUGAUAUAGUCACAAUUUUUCUUUUGUUCGAUUCUGAAGCUGGUUUUCUUUUCAUUUCCAUUGUUACAGGUAUGCUUGUGCAGUCAUAUAUUUGUUAACCGUUCACAUUCGUAAAUAAAGUCAGUAACAAUUGAAUUACAA